GGCUUAUGAUACCUUCUCACUGAACACUUGAGCAAGAGAAACAGCAGUUUAAUGAACCACUGAAUUGCUACAGACUAAGAAUAUAGUAUGUGUUCAGAAGACUUAAGAACAAAAUCGUGGAUCAGUGCGAGAAGCUGCAGCUGCAGAGUGCCACGAUUACCAAGUACAUGGCAGAGGUGCUGCCAGGGAAGAACCAAAGCACGCUGAGUGCAGCGAGCUGGGCCCGAGAAACAGUGAUUCAGAGACUGAUCUUCGUGAGAAAUGUGUGUGAGAAUGAAGAGCAGAGGCUGCUGGAGAAGGUACACGCAGAAGAGGAGAGGACUCACCAGAGCAUCCUGACCCAGCGAGCACAUUGGACUGAGUCCUUGCAGAAACUGGCCACACUCCGGACCUACCUGGUGGACAUGAUCACCAACCUGGAUGACCGUGGCCUUGUGCACGCAGAGCAGGAGAUCUUCGAGAGGACGGAGGCAGCAGAGGGGAUCUUGGAACCGCAGGAGUCGGAGAAGUUAAACUUUAAUCAGAAGUGUGUUCAGAGUCCACUAUUGCACCGAUUAUGGGCUUCCGCUGUUCUCUGCUGUACAACAGGUUCAGAAGAAAUUUGUGUGGAUGAGAAAACUAUCAGCCCCCGCCUGGCCCUGUCAGAAGACAAGAAGACCUUAACAUUCAGCCCCAAAGCAAAGACCUACCCAGACUGCCCUGACCGCUUUGAUCACUGGCCCAAUGCCUUGGCUGCCAAGGCCUUCCACAAAGGGAUCCAUGCCUGGAGGGUCAGCGUGGAGAAGAGCUGUGCGUAUAAGCUGGGGGUUUCCUAUGGCUCCUUGCAGCGCAAAGGGUCUGGAGAUGAAGCCCGGCUGGGCUACAACAGCUGCUCAUGGGUGUUCUCCCGCUACGACAAGGAGUUCAGGUUCUCACAUGACAGUCAACAUCAGACUGUGGAGCUGAUCAAGUGCCCCACGCAGAUUGGGGUCCUGGUUGACCUUGAUGGGGGAGAGGUUCUGUUUUAUGACCCUAACUCCUGCAUCAUCCUUCACUCCCACCGAGAAACCUUCACUGAGCCCAUCUAUCCCGUCCUGGCUGUGGCUGACCAGAGUAUCUCUCUUGUACAGUGAGCAGGCCUGGCAGGACAGAUGUUCAAGCUCCUGCUUUGUGGGGAAAACCAAAGGAGCUUUCCCCACAUAUGUAAAGCACAGAACAGACCCCAGAAGUAUCUUCUUUGGUGGCAAGUAGCCAGGAUGGGAUUGGUAGCCUAAGUGCACUGGCACUUGGUUGAAUCCUGCCUUCACCCCAGAUACCUGCUCUUCAUUUGUUUUUCAGCUGUGGUUGAUGGCUACUCCGCAAGCAUGAUGAUCCAAUCAGUCGUGCACCCACCUUACAGUAGUUCCACCUAAACCCGUUUUUCUUAGAAAGUAAUGGGAGAUGGUAUUAAAAGAUGUGAGGUGUCUUGCAUCCAGGACUUGCCAAGCCCCUCCACCAUCCAUGAGGCCUGUCACCUUGUCUGAGAAGGUAACUAGGUUGGCCAGGUAUGAGUUGCUAUUGACACAUCCGUGUUGGCUGUUACUUAUCACCUCCUUAUUCUCUGGACACUUACAGACUGAUUGAUGAAAUGCUUCAGUGUUAUUCCAGGCAUCCAACUUAGACUGCCCUACUUGUCAUGCCCAUGGUCAUCUUCAUUUAAAGCUGGGGACUAUAUUUGCCCCUUUUCUAAUGUUCUGGGCCCCCACUUGAAUUCUUUGUUUUGUUUCACCCUGACCCUUUCUGUGCUCUGUUCUGUGUCCGCAAAGUGUAGUUGUUGUCCCAGCAGAAAGCAUUGGUGCAGUGACCUUGGGGACCCUGCCACCUGCCUACUUGGGGAAAAAUUAUGCAAGAAACAAGUGAAGGUGCCUAUGCUGGAAGAUGAAUU